CAACUUCAAUUUAAUUACCAAGAGAAAAGUUGAAACCACCACCAAUUUGUGGACUUGCCAUUUCAAUCACUUAAUUCCUCAGAAAAACUUCAAUUUUCGAUCGCACCUAGCUUCCCUGUAAAACCCCACUCAAUAAAAAAUUCAUCUCACUCUUCCUUGGCUUCACAACAAUCGUUCGACGCUGAGAAGCCAUCCCAUCUUUUUGCUUCAAGAUCAGCAACCUCUGACACUGCUAGAGAGUAGAGAGAAAAUAGAGAAGCUACUCUUUCCCAUCUUUUUGCUCCAGGACCAGAUAUCGACCUGAUGGCGGAUGCAGUGCUUGGUUCCACUACACAAGUUCUAGUGCAGACGGCAAUAAACUCGGCUUCCGAACAAAUUGGCCAGUUUGUUGGCUUCAAGAAAGAUUUGCAGAAACUGAAAGAUACGUUGACUGAAAUCCAGGCUUUCCUUAGUGACGCUGAGAAAAAGCAGGUGACUGAAAAUUUCGUGAAGCUUUGGCUGGAGAAUCUUGAACGUGUGGCUUUCGAUGCUGAAAAUUUGCUGGAUGACUUCAACUAUGAAAUGAUUCGACGCAAAGUUCAGAUCCGAAACCAAAUGAAGAGGAAGGUAUGCUUCUUCUUCUCAGUCUCCAAUCCCAUUGCAUUUCGUUGCAGAAUGGCCAGAAAAAUUCAGAAAAUCAAUAUGGAUUUGAUAAGUAUCCAUGAACAAAGAACAACACUUUGUCUUCUCCGGUCACAGAAUGAAGCCAGAGAUGCCCCUGCUAUUUCAUCUCCCGGCGGAGAAGCAUUUAUGAAGAACAGAGAGACUGACUCUGUCACUGUUGAUGUGAGUUUUGUUGGAAGAGAUGGUGAUGUUUCAGCAAUAGUAACACAAUUGACUGCCACGAAUAAUAAUGAAACUAUCUCCGUUCUUCCUAUAGUAGGGAUGGGCGGUAUCGGGAAGACCACAUUGGCUCGAAAAGUUAUCAAUGAUCCAAAGAUUGAAAAACAUUUUGAGAAGAGAAUGUGGGUAUGUGUUUCGGAGGAUUUCAAUUCCAAUAGGCUGUUUGGAAUGAUUCUACAAUCGCUGCAAGGUCGAGAGCCUGAAGCUAAGGAUAGGGACGCCAGAGUCAAGCAGCUUAAGGCAUUAUUGGACGGUAAAAAAUGCCUGUUGGUCUUGGAUGAUGUGUGGAAUAAGGAGUCCAUGCUAUGGAAUGAUUUUCUUGGGUCUAUGAAAGGUACUAACCAAGCCAUGGGGAGUUGGAUUCUUCUGACCACUCGUGAGCAACAGGUGGUAGACAUCACCAGAAUUUCUUCUUCUCAGGGUUAUUCCUUGAAACAAUUAUCAGAUGAUCAAUGUUGGCGCAUUCUCAAAGAAAAUGCAUUUUGUGGUCGGGAAGUGCAGGAUGGGCUGCAAGAUAUAGGGUUAAAGAUUGCACAAAGAUGCGGAGGCUUACCAUUGGCUGCAAGUGUUCUCGGUGGCAUGUUGCGCAUCAAGGGAACAGAUGAAUGGCAAAAAUUAGAGAGUAGGCUUCAAAUUUUAGGUGGAGGUGAAAAUAGGUACAUUAAAGAAAUUUUGAAGUUGAGCUUUGAUCAUCUUCCGUAUCCAUCUCUUAAAAAGUGUUUUGCAUAUUGUUCAAUUUUUCCCAAGGAUUUUCAAAUGGAAAGGAAUCAACUAAUCCAACUUUGGGCGGCAGAAGGAUUUCUUCAUCCAAAUCCAAGAGACAAGAUGGGUAUGGAGGAAGUUGGUAAUGAUUAUUUUACCAUUUUGUUGGAGAGUAACUUGUUUCAAGAUGCCGAGGAGGAUGAUUAUGGGAAUGUUUUGAAUUGCAAAAUGCAUGAUCUUGUGCAUGACAUGGUGCAAUCCAUUUCCAAUUCCAAAACUUUAAGGUUGACAGAGUCUAGUAGCAUUGAUAUGGAGACGUCUUCUAUUCGGUAUCUUGCACUGGAGAUAAGUGGAAAAGAAAUGAUGUUUCCUUCCACUGAAAGUUUCAAGCAUAUUACGACAUUGUUUUUGCAAGGAAACAGAUCACUUAAUGAUAGGAAGAUGUCAUUUUUUAUGUUGCGAGUUUUGAACUUAAGGACAUCGAGUGUCGAAGAGCUUCCUAAAUCAAUUGGGAAGCUAGCUCAUUUGCGAUAUCUUGAUUCGUCACAAACUUCAAUCAAAACAUUGCCAGAGUCUCUAUGUCAACUUUACAAUUUGCAGACAUUAAGAGUUAAAUAUUGUCGCUCACUGAAAAAGUUUCCUAAGAAUUUCAAGAAUUUGGUGAAUUUGAGGCACUUUGACUUUUUCAAUUAUGAUAGAUCAAGUGAUAUCAUGCCUUUUGAGAUCGGACAGUUGCAAUUUCUCCAAACUUUGCCAUUUUUCAAUAUUGGUGAAGAAAGAGGUCGGCAAAUUGGAGAAUUGAGGAAUUUGAAGAAUCUCAGUGGACAACUUGAGUUACGUAAUCUUGAGUUAGUGAAAAGCAAAGAAGAAGCCGAGUCUGCAAAUCUGAUUGGGAAGCCAAACAUUGAUGAGUUCAGAUUACUAUGGAAUGAAAUAGAUGAUUCAAGAAAUAAUGAUAGUGAAUACAAUCGAGUGCUGGAAGGCUUGCAUCCUCACCAAAAUUUGAAAGGUUUGGUAAUUGAAAGAUUUUUUGGUGGUCAACUUUCAACGUGGAUUGGAAAACUUGGGAAAUUGGUGAAAUUUGAAUUGCAAAAUUGCAAAAACUGCAAAGAGUUGCCAACUCUUGGAAACAUGCCCUUCCUCAGAUUUCUUCACUUGGAUGGACUUGACAGCCUAGCAAGCAUAGGCCCUUCCUUUUAUGGCAGAUCAGGCGUGCAUAGUGGCAGUACCAGUCAAGGACACGUAAACUUGUUUCCAGCACUUGAAGAUCUCAGUCUAGGUGAUAUGCCAAAUUUGAGGGAAUGGAUGGAAGCAACAGUUGAUGAUGGGACAGUGGUGGUGUUUCCGGUCCUCCAUACUAUGAGGAUUAAUAAUUGCCCUCAAUUAGCCACUUUUCCAAAUUAUUUUCCACGUCUCGAGGAAUUGAACAUCAGGAAGACCCAGAAUGGAUCGGCAUUAAUGACAUAUAUUUGUAGUGGAGUCAGCACUCUCACUAGACUUUUCGUUGAGAAUGUGAAUGGGCUCACCAAGGUACCAAAUGUGUUAUUCCAAAACAAUCACAAGCUUGCACAUCUCUGGCUAAACGAUUGUGGUGAUUUGACCCAAUUUUUGGACUUUUCGUUUGAGGUUCCUCAAACUUCAGAAGGACCAAAUUGUCAAUCAGUACUUGAGCACACUAGUAUUGACAAUAAUGCUUCUCAACAUUUGGCUGGCCUCGAGUCCCUAGAGGAAUUAUUUGUUUGGGGCUGCCACUCGCUCGAGUCAAUUUCAAUCCCUAAGGGACGCAAAUACCUCGCUGCCUUGCGACAAUUAUGGAUUUGGUCCUGCAAUGGGUUGACCCACUUGUCCAUCCCCCAAAUAUCUGAGUCAGAGUGGGAUUCCACUUCUUCACCCUUCUCCUCCUCCGGUACUUGUCCUCCUCCUCUUCCUCUUGAGCGAUUGACAGUAUACGAAUGCCCCAAUCUUAUCUCCUUCCCAAUUGAUUUAACCCGAACACCUUCUCUCUCUUCCCUGAGCAUAUCAAAAUGUAAGGAAUUAACCGACUUGCCCAAGGGGAAGCUUUGUUCUCUUACAAGAUUGAGACAAUUAUACAUCGGACCAUUCUCAGAAACCACCACAGAGCUGCAUUCCUUCCUAUACCUCUUUGAUGCUCUCCCACCACCACACCCCUACUUCCCCUCCCUUUCAAUAUUAUGGCUGUAUGGAUGGCCUCAUUGGGAAUCUCUGCCCAAGCAACUUCAGCACCUCUCUGCCCUGACAACUCUUGGACUAUAUGGUUUUGGAGUAAAAUCAUUGCCCGAUUGGUUUGAGAAGCUUUCCUCACUUGAAGAACUCGAUCUCGACAAUUGUAAAAAGCUAGAGAAUUUACCCUCUCACCAGUCUAUGAGAAGCCUCACCAGACUAAGAGGGCUGUGGAUUCGAGACUGUCCCCUUCUAAAGGAAAGAUGCAAUCCAGUGAGUAGCAGCAGCAGCAGCGACCCCAUGUCUGAGUGGUCCAAGAUCUCUCACAUUCCCUUUAUUGUAAUUGAUGGGAAGAAUAUCAGAGGCUAAUGUCCAUUUGAAGCUCACAAAUCAUGUCAGUUUCCCCAACCAAAGCUACUAGCCUAAAUUUUGCCGAAUAACUGUUGCAAACCUAUUUUUCUUUGGUUCUCUCUGAAUUUCUGCUUUCCAGCUAUUGCAGUUUCCUUUUCCUCAAGAGGACUUGUUCACUUGGUGAGGGCCUUCUAUCUUCAAAAGUGUCCAUCAGGGCUCUUCCAAGGGGAACUCUUCCUUCUUCUUGAUAUGGAGAAUAUUUUGAAGCGAUUCAUCUCUUAGUUGCGGAUUGUUUGAGAGCUGGACAUCUGAUGUAUGGUCUAAAGACAUGUUUUGAAGUUUUCCUAUGUGUGAAAAGCUGUGAUCAUAAGCUGUUCUCUCAAUCUGAUGGGGCUAUUACAAGGUUGAUGGAAAAUAUGCCAUGGUUAAUGGACUAUGGAGAAAGUUAUGUUUUUUAUGUACGAGUGGUAGAGUUCAACACUGGAAGUAUACAUGAAAUUCUGAUCCGUAUCAUUGAAUCAGGAAGGAUCAACCUUGUUAGCAAUACAGUCCUUGAGGAUGGCAAUUUCCCGGUGAGAGAGUGUCAAUGCCUUGUAAGGGGAACCUCUUAUGAAAAAAACUUGUGUAAGGACUAUUCCUAUUGAAACAAGUGUUCUUAUCAUCUUAGAGUGAAGAUUUGAACAAGAUCCAGAGUCCAGAUACUUUGUUUGGAUUGUUUGACUGCUUGGAUAUAAAGAUUGAGGUGGGGCUAUGUUACAGCUUCAAAUGGUUUUCUAGUGGCAUAACCUGAUGUUAACUAAAUUCAUGAUAAAUACUGAAUUCAUGAUGUAAAGUCAAUUUUAAUAACUUUGAAAUAGGUGACCUUAAUGUGGUUAGCUAGUUAAUUCAGCAUGACUGUAAUCCAUUCUGUAUUGAUGAUGUAUGCUCAUUGUUCAACUUGUAAUCGGAUGCCAUUUCUUCCUGUGGUCAUAGGCAAUUCUAAGCCUAAUUUAAGAGUCUAUAGUUACAAUGGUGAUUCCUUGAAAGUAUACAAGAGGAUGAGGCAGCGAGAGAGAUUUUAUUGAGGCCUAGAGCUCUAUAAGAAUCUGCAUGAAUGAUGAUUCUGGCUGGCUACAGGGAUUCUCAUUCAUGUGGUAAAGAACAGAGAUAUGGAUUAGCCAAUACAUGGAAAAGCAGCAGGUUGGAUUUUAAGUCAUGCCUUGCAGAAACAGAAUUCGCCUCCAUUCUGAUGACGAAUGCUGCUAAUGGGGCUUGUCAGCCCUUUAAGGAAACAUAGCUUUGUCUACUGAAGAAGCUUUCACUGAUCUGUUGAAGGAUUCUGAGUUGGCACAUCUGAAAAGCUUGAGUGGUAACCCUCGUACCAAUUCAUCAGGAGCCUCCCUAUAGGAUGCAUAUCUUCUGAUCUAAAGGGAAGGUGCUGUAACAAGAUUUGCUGCCCCGACAUUGAAUGGCACUGGCAUUACCAGAUUGGCUACUUUGAGAUUGAUCAUAUUCUAAUUGGAUGCUAAGUUGUCAAAAUUUGCUCAAAUUCUCAGAAAAUACUUGUCUAUGCCUAUGUUAUGUAUGCCUCAAUACAGUAUACACCAUUAUGCUGGCUUCAGUUCUAUGUUAGGGAUGUCUCAGUGCAGUAUACACGAUUAUUGCUACAUGUAAAAGUCAAUGAGUAUUACAAUUUAACACAUUGUAACGUAUAUGAUCUUGCACAAUCUAUUUUGAGCUUUGGGAAAAUCUGAUGCAGAGAAUAUUUGCAAAA